AUGGGAAGAGCCGGGCAAAGAGCUCUGACUCUGAGGCUACAGGUACUGGUCCCCUUCCUGGUGUCUUUGUUCGGUUGCGCAUUUUCUGAGCAGAUCCUCUACUCCAUUCCAGAGGAGACGGAGAAAGGGUCGGUGGUGGGGAACCUCGCCAAGGAUCUGGGACUACAGGUCCGGGACUUGCCGGUUAGGAAGCUGAGGGUUAGCGCAGACAGGGAAUACUUUAGCAUCAGCUCCGAGACCGGGGAAUUGCGGGUCAACGGCAGAAUAGACCGAGAGGAAAUAUGUGGAAGGAAGCCCGUGUGCUCGCUUGAUUUCGAAACAGUUGCCGAAAAUCCACUAAAUAUUUUCCAUGUAACUGUGGUCGUGCUCGAUAUUAACGACAAUGCCCCGUUAUUCAAACGGUCGUAUGCAGAUUUAAAGAUCUCAGAAUCCAUUCAAGUAGGCUCGUCUUUUCCUCUGGAUCCCGCUGUGGAUUCAGAUGUUGGGAUUAAUUCUCUGCAAACAUACUACCUUGAACAAAACAGUUACUUCGAUCUAACGGUGAAACAGAGUCCAGAUGGCAAUAAAUACCCUGAGUUGAUACUGAAAAAAUCUCUGGAUAGGGAACAGCAGAGUUCACAUCAAUUGGUCUUGAUAGCCUUGGACGGUGGGCAGCCAGCCCGAAAUGGCACCGUUCAGAUCAGAGUCAAUGUUGUGGAUGCCAACGAUAAUGCCCCAGUAUUCAGCCAGCAGGUCUACAGAGUCAGUAUGCGGGAGAACCUGGCCCCAGGAUCCUCUGUACUGCGUGUGACGGCCACCGACCAGGAUGAGGGAAUCAAUGCAGAAAUUACCUUCUCCUUCCAAAACGUAGACGAAGAUGUGAAAUUUUUAUUCUACUUGCAUCAAAAGACAGGAGAAAUCACGACUAAGGAUAUUCUGGACUUCGAGAUUGCUAAUAGCUAUACCCUAAAUAUAGAAGCCAAAGAUUUUGGAGAUUUAGCAUCACACUGCAAAAUCCACGUAGAAAUUCUCGAUGAAAAUGACUGUGCUCCUGAAAUGACUUUGGCAUCUGUGUUCAGUCCAGUUCCAGAGAAUUCUGAGCCUGGCACUGUCAUUGCACUUCUGAAAAUCCGUGACAGAGAUUCAGGAGAAAAUGGGAAGGUUAUGUGUUAUCUUCAAGGAAAUAUUCCCUUCAAGUUAGAAUCCCCUUCCAGGAAUUACUACAAACUGCUGACAGACGGAUCUCUGGACCGUGAGCAGACCUCGGAGUAUAACAUCACUGUGACUGCUACUGAUAAAGGAAACCCCCCUCUAUCCACCAGUAAGACCUUCCUCCUGUUCAUUGGGGACGUUAAUGACAAUGCCCCUGUCUUCCUGCAAACUUCCUAUGUGGCUUAUGUUCCUGAGAAUAAUCCCUCGGGUACAUCUAUUUCCUGUGUCUCUGCAGUUGACUCAGACCUGGAGCAGAAUGGCAGAGUGUCUUACUCUAUCAUCUCAAGCGAUCUCCCUACCCUGCCUCUGUCCUCCUAUGUUUCUGUCAAUGGCCACAAAGGAGACAUCUUUGCGCAGCGCUCCUUCGACUAUGAGCAGGUCCGCUCCUUUGAGCUGAUUCUUCAGGCCUGUGAUGGGGGCUCCCCUGCCCUCAGUGCCAAUGUUUCAGUUCGAGUGUUCAUAGUGGAUCAAAAUGACAAUGCCCCUAUUAUCCUCUAUCCGACCUUGGGGGCUGAAGGUUUAGCCCUCUUCGACAUGGUCCCUCGUUCUGCAAAGCCUGGCUACCUGGUCACCAAGGUGGUGGCAGUAGACACAGACUCGGGACACAAUGCCUGGCUGGCCUACCACGUAUUGCAAGCCACGGAACCAGAGCUCUUCAGCCUGGGGCUGCGUACAGGAGAGGUCAGGACAACCCAGGCCUUGGCUGACAAAGAUGUAGCCAAGCACUGCCUGCUGGUCUCUGUGCAGGACGGUGGACAGCCCCCUUUGUCGUCGACUGUGACUCUGCACUUGGUCUUUGCAGAUAGCUUGCAGGAGGCGAUGCCAAAGAUGAUGGAGGAGAGCUCCGAGAUUCCUGACGCUCAAUCUGAGCUCCAGUUUUAUUUGGUAGUAGCUUUGGCCCUAAUCUCAGUGUUGUUCCUUACCACAGUGACACUGGCCAUUGCCCUUCGCUUAGGAAGGUCUUCAAAUUCGCCUAUAUUCAGGUGUUUCUCUGUGGAUUUUUGCUCUAAGACCGGACCCGUCAUUCCCCCAAACUACAGUGAAGGAACUUUACCAUAUUCUUAUAAUCUGUGUGUGGCCUCUCAAGGGGGAAAGAUGGAAUAUAAUUUUCUCAAACUGACUGGGGAAAUGUUGCCCCCACAGGAUUUCCUCUUUAAUGAUGCUUCCGGAAUCCUGAAUAAAAGUAAUGGGGAACUUCAGGUCACCUCUGACACAGUCACUCCUUCUCACGUAAGUUUUGCAAUCAUCUCUUCAUUUUUUUUUGUAAUGUCUUCAUUGUGUGCUAGUUCAUAA